UGACAGCACAAAACGCACUUUUACAAUCUCAUCCCAAUUUGAUUCCUAUAAAUACCCAUCUCAAGGAUAUGACAUUUCAACAUUUUCCAUAAUGACAAUUUCGAAAGUUCUUGGUAUUUUUUUCUUUGUGUUGUUAGGUUUCGGUAUUUGCUCUGCCGCUAGAACACUCCUCACCUUUGGUGUAGAUCAUGGCAUUGGUGCAGGUUUCCAUGGUGACAUUGGUGUGAGUGGAGGUGGAGGUUAUGGCGGUGGUGGAGGUGGAGGACAUGGUGGUGUAGGUGGACAUGGAGGAGGAGCGGGGGGAGGUGAAGGUGCAGGUGGUGGUGCUGGAUAUGGAGAUGAUGCUGUUGUUGGUGGUGGAGGAGGAGGAAGUGGAGGUGGAGGUGGUGGUGGUGCAGCUGAAGGUGGUGGAUAUGGUGGAGGAGCUGGAAAAGGUGGUGGGGAAGGGUAUGGUGGAGGCGCGGAACAUGGAGGUGGUUAUGCUGGUGGUCGCGGUGGUGGUAGUGGUGGAGGGGGAGGAGGUGGUGCGGGGGGUGCUGGUGGUGGUUAUGGAGGUGGGGAAGGAGGCGGAGCAGGAGGUGGAUAUGGUGGAGAUCAUGGAGGAGGAUAUGGAGGUGGAGGUGGAAGUGGAGGUGGUGGAGGAGGCGGUGCUGGUGGAGCACAUGGAGGCGGGUACGGUGGUGGUGAAGGAGCAGGUGGUGGAUAUGGAGGUGGAGCAGCAGGUGGUGGCGGCGCAGGUGGUGGGUCUGGAGGUGGCGGAGGUGGUGGAGGUGCCCAUGGUGGUGGAUAUGGUGGUGGUGCUGGAGGUGGCGAAGGUGGCGGCCACGGUGGAUAUUAUCCUUGAGCUUAUGAUGAAAUUCAAUGUUCUGAAAGAAUGCCUAGCUCCUCCUAACUACUUUAAUAUUAACAACAAUAAGAUAUGGUUAUGAGGAUGCUUAUAAACUAGUAUUACUAAAAUUUAUCUUUAUAUGUACGUGAAAUGUUAAAUGAAUGCAAAUUGAUGCCUUGGUCUUGAAGACUUAUGAUUA